CGCGUGGUGUGCGGCGACGCCGAGCGGCAUCCAGGCUGCCGACGGCGACGGGUGGGUGCCGAUCAAGGUUGGCGACGACUCGACGCCGCUCAGCGAAGUGGGUGUCAUCGCAGCGCAGGCGACCGUCCUCUCGCCGCUCUCCAUCCCCCUCCUCUACCACUCCACUUUCGGCUUCGACUUCACUUUCGUGCCGCUCGAGAACGUCGGCGCCGCCAUCGCCGCCUUCGACGCAGCCGGCUACGCCGUCCGGCGGGAGGACUCGCCGCCGCCCGACCAGGACACGGAUUGGCCGAGCGGCUGAGACGGCCUCUCCUCGCACCGGCAAAUUGACCCCUCAACUAACUAACACACACACACACACACACACGCACGCACGCACGCACGCACACACACACACACGCACGCACGCACGCACGCACACACACGCGCGCAUUCGACUUUCAAGUCGCUCAGUUAUCAUCAUCUCGCAAUGAUCUCGCAGCUCAGGCGAGCGCCUCACCGUCGGCCAUUAAGAGAGGGAUAGGAGAUUGCUGAUCGUGUGUCUCCGGUGGGAGGGAUGGGAAAAGCAACGAUAUAUCU